GAUUUUGACACGAGGAAGAGAAGAGCGUUUUCCGCCCAAGGCGGGAUCACCAUCUCUUUUGGCAAAGUUUGGCUGUUGAGACUGAGAGCGUUCGGCAAGAUCAGCAUAAAUACAUCGAGCCUAAAUCCCGAUCGUCCGUUUUCUAUCGAUCGUGCGGCUGACGCGAUCUGACUGCAGUCAUGUCCGAAGACCCGAGCUCUCAAUCCUGGUCUAUCGACAAGGAUGACUAUGAGCUACUGGAGGUGAUCGGGAGUGGAGCAACAGCUGUGGUCCAGGCAGCAUAUUGCAAACCCAGGAAAGAGAAGGUGGCCAUUAAACGCAUCAAUCUUGAGAAAUGCCAGACCAGCAUGGAUGAGCUUCUGAAAGAGAUCCAGGCAAUGAGCCAGUGCCAUCACCCAAAUAUUGUGUCUUAUUAUACCUCCUUUGUGGUCAAGGAUGAGCUUUGGCUGGUCAUGAAGUUGCUCAGUGGUGGCUCAGUUCUUGAUUUUAUUAAGUACAUCAUUUCCAAAGGGGAGCACAAAUCGGGUGUCAUGGAUGAGGCCAGCAUUGCCACCAUACUAAAAGAGGUGCUUGAAGGUCUCGAUUAUCUGCACAAAAAUGGUCAGAUUCACAGGGAUGUGAAGGCUGGAAAUAUUCUUUUAGGAGAAGACGGCUCUGUUCAAAUUGCAGACUUUGGUGUUAGUGCCUUUUUAGCAACUGGUGGAGACAUGACUAGAAACAAAGUGAGGAAGACAUUUGUAGGAACUCCAUGCUGGAUGGCACCUGAGGUGAUGGAGCAGGUUAGGGGUUAUGAUUUCAAAGCUGAUCUCUGGAGUUUCGGGAUUACAGCUAUUGAGCUGGCAACCGGGGCUGCUCCAUAUCACAAAUAUCCUCCAAUGAAGGUUCUCAUGUUAACCCUGCAGAAUGACCCUCCUUGUCUAGAGACUGGAGUUACAGAUAAAGAGAUGGUUAAAAAAUACGGCAAAUCUUUUCGGAAGAUGAUCUUCUUGUGCCUCCAGAAGGAUCCAGAAAAACGCCCUACAGCUGCUGAACUCUUAAAACACAAGUUCUUCACAAAAGCCAAGAUCAAUGAAUACUUGAAAGAAAAAUUGCUGGACCGGGCGCCAACAAUAGGAGAGAGAUCAAGGAAGGUGCGAAGGGUUCCGGGCUCCAGCGGUCGACUUCACAAGACUGAGGAUGGAGAAUGGGAAUGGAGUGAUGAUGAGUUGGACAUGGAGAGUGAGGAAGGAAAGGCUGCAGUGGCCGCUUUACGGUCACCAAGAGUAAAGGAGGAGGCUGUGCAAAAUGCAGAGAUCUUUCCAGCUGAUUCAUCAAGCUUCCUGCAGCCAGCAGCUGCAGGACAGUCUGAAGUGCCACAUGCUGCAGAUGACACUGCCACGAUAUCAGCGUCUUCUCCAGGCUCCCAGGCUGGUGGACCUACUACGACGGGGCAAGACUCAGCCAAAACCCCCAUCAGCCUGGUUCUAAGAUUAAGGAAUACAAAGAAAGAGCUGAACGAUAUCAGAUUUGAGUUCAUGCCUGGGAGAGACACAGCUGAUGGAGUGUCUCAGGAGCUUGUGUCUGCAGGACUGGUGGAUGGGAGAGACUUAGUCAUUGUUGCAGCCAAUUUGCAGAAAAUCGUUGAUGAUCCACAAACCCACAAAAAUGUCACUUUCAAGUUGGCAUCGGGAGUGGACAGCUCUGAAAUUCCAGACGACAUUAAACUCAUGGGAUUUGCUCAGCUGAGUAUAAGUUAAAACAGUAUUACCAGCAACGAG